AUGCCGCCAUCGCAGUUGAAGCAGCUCAAGGCCUCUCUCCGCGAUAGUGGAGUUCUGGGGCCACAGCAGUCGAAAAAGCAAAAGCGCCAGAAUGUGAAGAGUGGUGCUGCGGCGCAAAAUCGAGUCCAGCGCAAUGCAGCUCUGCAGUCAAUUCGAGACCGGUUCAAUCCGUUCGAAAUCAAAGCCGGGGGUACGCGGACAAAAUUUGAUGUGACAACUCGAGAUGGGAAUUCAGGCACAGCUGCUUCGCGUGCGCGACCUGGUGUUACCAAGUCACUGGGAGAAGAAAAAAGACGCCAAACACUAUUACGUGAAAUGGAGAAGAGGAACAAGGUUGGUGGUAUAUUAGAUCGUCGAUUCGGUGAAGAUGACCCUACUAUGACGCCUGAAGAGAGAGCCGCCGAACGUUAUGCUAGAGCAAGUCAGCGCAAGAUGCGGAAGGAAUCAAUGUUCAACCUGGAGGGGGAUGACGAGGAAGAAGAAUUCCAACUCACACACAAAGGCCAGUCUUUGAACGAUAUCGACCAAGAUGAUUUCCAAGAAGGUGACUUGGGCGGGCUAGAAGAUGAUGCAUCGGAUUCCGAAGCAGCCCGAAAAAGGAAACGAGUUGUCUUUGAUGAUGGCGAGAUAGAUGGCCCAGAGGAUUUAGAAGACGGGGAGGAACAUCCCGAACGAAAGAAGUCAAAACACGAAGUUAUGAAGGAGGUCAUUGCCAAGUCGAAAUUCCACAAGUAUGAGCGGCAAAAAGCUAAGGAGGACGAUGAUGAUCUCCGUGAAGAACUCGACAAAGGACUUCCUGAUCUUUUCGAAAUGCUAAGAGGAGUGAAGCCACCGCCAAAGCCAGAACCUCCGAAGAGUGAUCUGGCAUCUAUGAACCCAGACCGCGCUGCUCUUUUGGAGGGCAUAGCAAAAGGAGAUACCGAAAAGGAAUACGAUCAGCGCCUUAAGCAAUUAACGUUUGAUAAGCGAUCCAAGCCAACGGACCGCACAAAGACAGAGGAGGAGAAGGCCACGGAAGAAGCAGAGCGGCUGAAGGCUUUAGAAGAAGAGCGUGUUCGGAGAAUGCGCGGCGAGGAAGUAAGUGAGUCAGAAGAGGAGGAGGAAGACGAAGAGGAAGAGGAAGGAAGUGAGAUUUCCGAAGACGAAUCCAUCCCAGAUGAUGCGAAGGCUUUUGGGUUGCAACAAUCUUCAGGUCAGACCAGUAAUCGCCCCGAGCUCGCUGAUGAGGAGAUAUUAUCUGGAGAAGAGUCAGAAGAGGAUGUCGAAGAGGACGAAGAAGACGAGCUUAUCAACGGCUUUACUCUUCCUAGCGAUAGCGCUGGAGAAGCUCCUGCUACAGCUGAUGCACCAGCUGGUAAUGAAGUGUUGGCUUAUACAUACCCUUGCCCGAAGAACCAUGAAGAGUUCCUCGAGAUCAUUAAAGAUGUGCCCAUGGAGGACCUUCCAGUGGUUGUUCAGAGAAUUCGAGCUCUGUACCAUCAUCGUCUGCACCCGGACAAUAAGAAGAAGCUUAGCCAGUUCUCCCGCAUCCUUAUUCAACAUGUUGCCUACAUGGCCGAACAGCCUGAGCAUCCUCCUUUUGCCAUUCUUGAGAAUAUCCUCCGUCACGUCCACUCUCUAGCAAAGAGCCACCCCGAGAGCGUCUCUCAGGAGUUCAGGGCUCGUCUACGUGAAAUCGCGGCAGACCGUCCACUUAAUCUCCGGCCCAGUGACCUGGUCAUUCUAACCGGAAUUGCCACUACCUUCCCAACAUCUGAUCACUUCCACGCCGUCGCAACGCCGGCGCACCUGUGCCUUUCGCGAUACCUAGGACAGGGUGCUGUGAACACUCUCGCAGAUUUCGCAACGGGUGCCUAUGCCGCAAGCCUGGUUCUUCAAUACCAAUCAGUUUCCAAGCGCUACAUGCCUGAACUGAUCAACUACAUCCUCAACGCCCUGUGCAACCUUGCCCCAGAGGAGCCAAAGAGCAGCUUCGGUCUCUUCCCAUCUCGGAGCCCGGAGGAAUCUCUACGACUGAAGAUCUCUAAAUCGCUGAAGUCGAGGAAACUCCAGUUCUGGGACGUUACUGGCCCGGAAAGCCCGAAAACCCAAGAGGAGCUCAAGCUUUCCCUCAUUAGCACAUUUAUCUCUCUCCUCAGCACCGCCUCCGAUAUGUGGUCCGACAUAUCUGCUUUCCUUGAGAUCUUCGACCCAGCUCAGAAAGUCUUUAGCUUCCUGAACCGAUCCUGCAAGGGUAAGAUUCCCUCCACCGUUCAAGACACCCUGCAGUUGACCGUCGAUAAACUCGACGGCCACACUUCGAAAGCCCGCCUUACUCGUCGCCCACUUCUACUCCACGAUCACCGCCCGCUGGCUAUUAAAACUGCCAUCCCCAAGUUCGAGGAUACCUUCAACCCGGACAAGCACUACGACCCCAACCGCGAGCGUGCGGAAGCCAACCGGCUCAAGGCCGAGUACAAGCGCGAGCGCAAGGGCGCCAUGCGGGAACUACGCAAGGAUGCCAACUUCAUUGCGCGCGAGAAGCUGCGCGAAAAGAAGGAGCGCGAUGCCGAGUACGAGAAGAAAUACAAACGACUUGUGGCCGAGGUGCAGAACCAGGAGGGCAGAGAGGCCAAUGCUUACGAGAGGGAGAGGAGAUUGCGCCAGGGCAAGCGGUAA